AUGGUACUGCAACCUGACAAGGUCGCGGUCGUUCUUGGAACCCAAUGGGGUGACGAAGGUCAGUCCGUCGUAUCCUCAGCUACCAGGAGUCGGCCGGGCCGGUGGUCGGGAUGCAUGCACCUUCGCUGCCUCAGCCUGCGUCUCGCCGCGGCCAAGUCGUCUCCGCCGUAACUGUGACCGUACUGACCUCCGACUUGACCCUGCUCCGUACCUCCUGCAACAGGCAAAGGCAAGCUGGUCGACAUCUUGGCUGCCGAAGCCGACAUCUGUGCCCGAUGUGCCGGUGGUAACAAUGCCGGCCAUACGAUCGUAGCCAAUGUCAACGGCGUCAAGACCCACUUUGACUUCCACCUUUUGCCCAGUGGUACGUGGCAUUCGUACGCAUGUUCGGGUCGCAUACCCCGCAAGGAACGGAAUGGGACCGGAUGAUGGAUGCGAUAGUUUCGACUGGGAUGAGCUCGCGUUGGCGACCGAGAGGUGAAAGUCGCAGAGGAUGGCGGGAGAAUGCCGUUGACUCCGCCGAGCCUCGGUCGAGCCCCUAGGUCAACCCUACCCGGAACAGCCCCUCGGAUGCGGCGCCAUGGUGUCUCAGCGAUAUGAUAGAGAUCUUGUCCUGACCACUACGCCAUAACUCGAACCCCACCACCAUCAGGUCUCGUCAACCCAAAAUGCACGGCCUUUAUCGGCAACGGCGUUGUCGUCCACGUGCCCGCCUUUUUCGAGGAGCUCGACAAGUUGACGAAGAAGGGUGAGUGCAUGCUCAGGAUGGGAAAAAAAGUUAGACGAUCCGCUGACGAGAUUGCGCCAUCUGAUCCAGGCCUUAACUGCGACGGUCGAUUGCUCCUUUCGGACCGCGCGCACCUCGUAUUCGACUUCCACCAGAUUGUCGAUGGCCUCAAAGAGGUCGAGUUGGGCGGUUCGUCUAUCGGCACGACCAAGAAGGGUAUCGGGCCAGCGUACUCGUCCAAGGCGUCCCGCUCCGGUCUGCGAGUUCACCACCUCUUCGACGAGGAGGCGUUUGCGACCAAGUUCCGAAAACUCGUAGAGGGUCGUUUCAAGCGAUACGGUCACUUUGAGUCAGUCACUCCAUGCAUUAGUAUUUUGCUUAUAUAAGCUGAUCUUAUUCCGUGACCUGCCCGAUUACCGCUUCCGACUCGCGCAGGUACGACACGGAAGGCGAGAUCUUGCGCUACAAGGAGCUCGCUGCUCGCCUCAAGCCUUACGUCGUUGAUGGCCCCACGUUCCUCCACAAGGCCAUGCUCGAAAAGAAGCGCAUUCUCGUCGAAGGCGCUAAUGCAUUGAUGCUCGAUAUAGACUUUGGUACUUACCCAUUCGUCACUUCGUCCCCGACGGGAAUCGGCGGAGUCUGCACCGGUCUCGGAGUUCCGCCGAGAGCGAUCGGGGAGGUUGUUGGUGUCGUCAAGGCUUACACGACUCGUGUUGGUGCUGGACCUUUCCCAACCGAGCAGCUCAACGUGAGUUUUCAUUCGCGCGGCCCCACUAGCUUUCGUCCCAGCACGAGGCGAUGGAGACGACAGUUGCUGAUAGCUUCUUCCGUUUAUACCCUUAUAGUCCGUUGGUGAGCACUUGCAAGAGGUUGGUGCCGAAUACGGUGUGACGACCGGCCGUCGCCGUCGUUGCGGCUGGCUCGACCUAGUUGUCCUCAAGUACUCGCACUUGAUCAACGGCUACACCGCGUUGAACCUGACCAAGUUGGACGUCUUGGACCAACUCCCGUCGCUCAAGGUCGCGACUGGUUAUCACCUGAACAGCAAGCCUCUCGAAGCUUACUUCCCCGCCGAUCUGGAUCAGCUCGCCCAAGUCGAGGUGCAGUACGUCGAACUGCCCGGAUGGCAAACUUCGAUUGCCAACAUCACCAAAUUCGAGGACCUGCCGGAGAACUGCCGAAAAUACAUCGAAUUCAUCGAGAACUUUAUCGGCGUCAAGAUUGGAUGGAUCGGCACCGGUCCAGCGAGGGAGUCGAUGAUCAGGAGAUUGUGA